AUGGGAGCAUUGGUUGAGCCUAUAUCUGUCGCUUGGCACGCUGUUAGCCGCACUCCAAUCCAGAAAGACGAUAUAGUACUGGUGGUUGGUGCCGGACCAAUUGGUCUUGCCAUUGUCCAAGUCCUUAGAUCUCAAGGAAUUGAAGAGAUAAUUGUUGUGGAAUUUUCAGAGAAUCGAGGGGAAUUUGCUCGUACCUUUGGCGCAUCGAAAGUUCUAAACCCGACGAAGGUGGAUGCUCUUACAGAAGUUCGAGCAUUGACGCAGACUACCCGUGGCAAUGGUAUAGGUACUGCAGUAGCCUUUGAAACCUCCGGAACUCAGGCUGGGUUGGAUCUUGCCAUGAGCGCUCUAAAGGUCCGUGGAACGACAGUUUUAGUUUCUCUUUGGGAGAAACCACCAACUCUCAAUGCAAUUCAUUUCAUUGUCGGCGAAAAACAUAUUGUCGGCACUAUGGGAUACGAUGAUAGUGACUUUGAGGCUGUUAUUGAUGCAUUGGCCACCGGAAAAAUUACUCCAAUGUCUAUGAUAACGAGCAAGAUUCCUAUGGACAAAGUAGUAGAGAAGGGACUAAAAGCACUCGUACAUGACAAAGAGAAGCAUGUCAAGAUCUUGAUUGAUGUAUCUGCAUGA